AAACGCAGCGUUUAGAGAGAAAAUCGCCAAGGAGAAGCUGAUUGGUCCACGUCAUUAAUUAGGUUGACGUGGUCAAGAAGAAGUGGCCCAUGACUUGCACCAAGGAUUAAUGCAUAAUAAAUAAACCGUUUCGUUUUCAUCUCCACGACUCGGAGAGCUCAACCGCCACUUUCUUUCUCCUUCUUUAAAUAGAGCAGCAGAGCCACCCACCAUUAUUUACACUUACACAACCAUCAAAGCUACGAAUUCCUCUCAAACAUACAAAGAAGAAGAUGAUGAUGAUGAUACUCAUGAGAUCUCCUUGUAAUAAUCUAAUGAUAAUGCUGUGCAUUUGUGCCCUUGUGGUGGCUUCCAUGCCGGCGGAAGGUCCUAGGGUUUUCAAGGUUGGAGACGAGUUCGGGUGGAGAGUCCCACUCCAGAAUGAUUCAGCGCUUUACAGCCACUGGGCCAGCAGCAACCGCUUCCACAUCGGUGAUUCACUCUCGUUUGUGUACGACAAGGACUCAGUGGUGGAGGUAGACAAAUGGGGUUUCUACCACUGCAACGGCAGCGAUCCCAUUACAGCCUUUGACAAUGGAAACAGCACGUUCGACCUUGAUCGUCCUGGUCUCUUCUACUUCAUCAGCGGCUCCAACCAGCACUGCACCAGCGGCCAGCGUCUCAUCGUAGAAGUCAUGCAUAUCCACCAACACCAUGAUGACCAUCACGACAAUGCUUCCAUGCCUCCAUCCAUGUCGCCUCUCUCUGCCUCUCCCUCAGCAUCUGCUGCCUCCUCCCUGUCCACGGCUUCUCUGUUCCCUGCUUUUCUUCCUCUUUUCUUAACCAUAGUCCAUAGCUAGCUCUUGUUUCAUUUCUUAAGUCAUAUUGGUGCCCUUUGAAUUGAUUGCUGCUCUUUACUUUUCUUCUUCUUUUUUGUUGUUUCAUUCAUCGAACCUUAUGAUAUAAUCCGAUUUAUGUUCUCUUCA